ACAGACGACUGUGCACUAGUUCGGACGUCAAUAUUUUAUGGCGGGCGAUGGCGUGGGCAUUACCGCACAGGUGCUAAAACGGCAACUUCGUUAAUAUGUUCCUACUAGAAUUGAGAAUGUCGACGGCUCGCUACUGCCAAUAAAACAUGGCGCAAAGAUCAGACGUGCACAUAGCACGGUGGCUUGAGGAAGAUAGAGAAGAAGACUUUAUCGACGGGCCAGCAGGUUCUGAUGAUGACCUGGAUCAUCUUGAAGAGCAGUUAUAUAGCACUACAAGUGAAUACGGGAGUGGAGCCGACGAUGACACAGACAUGGAUGAUCUGGACUGGGAAACUGUCUUCAAUGCAAUUGAAGGACCUAGUUCCAGCUUCAAUUUAGGUCUAGAAGGCACUAAGUGGAUGAAGGACCCUGUGGAUGAGAGAGUCCAAUUACAAAGGGAAAUCAACCCAAAAAUUGUACCAGGGCCUAAAGAUUUUGCAAAAACGAGAAAAACCCCAUCAGAAUGUUUUGAUUUGUUCUUUGAUGAAAGUAUUAUUUACAUGAUUGCAAAAUUUACAAAUGAAAGAAUCAUUAAAGAACAGAAAAAGUUCGCAAGAGAGAGAGAUGCUAAACUGACUGACGAAGUAGAAAUAUAUGCACUGCUAGGUAUUCUGUUCCUCAGUGGAAACUUAAAAACAAGCCGAGAAAACUUCUUGCAACUAUUCGAAUCCAGAAGAGGAAUUGGGAUGGAAGCCAUUUACCUGGCAAUGAGUUCUCAAAGAUAUAGGUUUCUAAUGAAGAAUCUUCGUUUCAACGAUCCUGCCACUGAACGCAUAACUGAAGAUAAAAUGGCACCAAUAAGGGUGUUAUUCCAAAUUGUUGUAAACAAUUUUCAGAAGCAUUUCACACCCAGUCAUGAGCUUAACUUGGGGGAACUACUGACUCCUUAUAAAGGACGAUGUGUAUUCCGACAGCACAUGCCGAAGAAAGCUGUUAAAUAUGGCAUCAAAAUGUUUGCAUUAGCAGACUGCCAGUAUCCGUACACUUACAAUUUGGAAUUGUACGUGGGUGAUAAUCCUGGACUAUAUGAUGUUAGUAAUACUAAGGUAGACAUUGUAGUGCGAAUGACUGACCCAAUCCAAGGGGAAUAUCGCAAUGUUACGAUGAAUAAUUGGUUCACGUCUUUGAUGGCUGGCGAAGCCUUGUUUGACAAAAAAAUUACAAUAGUUGGAGCAGUGAAACCAAAUAACAAAGAAGUGCCAAGAGUAUUCAGAACAAUCAAAGAUAAAGCUUUAUAUUCUUCGCAUUUUGGAUUUUGUCACGUUGCUGCUCUCGUCCAAUACAUUUGCAAGCCUGAUAAAGCUAUUCUUGUGAUGUCAACAAAGCAUUGUCAGGGUUACAUCAAUAUAAACUCUGGUGAUCAACUGAAGCCAGAAAUCUUGGUUUAUUACAAUCGAACGAAAAAUGCGGUAGAAACUAUUGACAAAAUGUGUUCAAAGAAUGAUGUAACGAGGAAUUCUCGUCGCUGGCCGCUGACUAUAUUGUUUCGUUUGCUGAACAUAGCCGCUAUAAACGCAUUGUGUGUGCUAACAAUAAACAGAGGGCAGGAGAGAAGCGUGCGCCGGGAGUUUCUAACUGAACUAGCGCUCAGCAUGAUAAAGCCGUUGGUGCAAAGAAGAAUGUACACAGACAACAUACCGAAGAUAAUAAAACAAAAGAUGUGCGAGUUAUUGAAUAUGCCCAUACCGCUGGAUGUGGAAUUGAACAUAGAAUUGAAUGAUAAGCCUUCAACGUGUGGUCGCAAUGGGCCUCGUGGAAGAUGCCAUAUCUGUAGACGAGCUCACAUGAACAAAACUACUCGAGAAGUUUGCGUGAUCUGCACGAAAUUUACUUGUUUUGAACACAGUAAAUACAUGUGCACCAAUUGCUUCAUUAGACAUACCAAGUAAUUUUUAUAUUAUGUUUAAGUCGUCAAUGAUACUUGAUGUGAUUGUGAUUGUAAAGGGCCAAAGUGAUUUAAUAUUUGGACUGCCUAAUUUUAAAAAUAUGUUAAUCGUAUUAAAUACUAGUUGAACUACAGCGUUGUGCGCAUAUUAUAAGACUUAUUAAUACUCAUACGAAUAGGUUAAGUGUGGACAAAAACGUCCUUUCAGUGAAAAUUUUAAAAAUGUAUCACUGAUUCAAUGCAAUUAUCUUGAGUAAACUCAUGUAUCACUAUUUUAGUGUAGUAGGUAUCACGUUGUGAUUUAUUUAAUAAAGACAAGUUUGGAACU